AUGAGGCCAAAGACUUUUCCUGCCACGACAUAUUCUGGAAACAGCCGCCAGCGCCUGCAGGAGAUUCGCGAGGGCCUGAAGCAGCCGGCCAAGCCCUCGGCGCAGGGGGCGCCUGGGGGACCCGGUGGUGACGCCUCCCUGGAUGCCAAGGUCCUGGGCAGCAAGGACGUGACCCGGCAGCAGCAGCUGAGGGCCACCCCGAAGUUCGGCCCCUACCAGAAGGCCCUGAGGGAGAUCAGGUAUUCGCUGCUGCCUUUUGCUAACGAGUCAGGCCCCCCGGCGGCCACGGAGGUGAACCGGCAGAUGCUCCAGGAGCUGGUGCACGCGGGAUGCGAUCAGGAGAUGGCCGGCCGAGCCCUCAAGCAGACGGGCAGCAGGAGCAUUGAGGCAGCCCUUGAGUACAUCAGCAAGAUGGGCUACCUGGACCCCAGGAAUGAGCAGAUCGUGCGGGUCAUCAAGCAGACCUCCCCAGCGCGGCCCCCACGGGAAGUGCGGGCGGCAUCCGUGCUGACUUCCUUCCACAUUGGCCUGCAGGGCAUCUCCCUGGCAGGCAUGACAGUGCCGUCGCUGGGCUGUGGCCUCUGCUGGACCCAUGGCUGUGGGGGCGCUGGGCUCUGUGAGGCCGAGCAGGAGCAGAUGAGGAAGAUUCUUUACCAAAAGGAGUCCAACUACAACCGGCUCAAGAGGGCCAAGAUGGACAAGUCCAUGUUCGUGAAGAUCAAGACGCUGGGCAUCGGCGCCUUCGGGGAGGUGUGCCUCGCAUGUAAGGUGGACACGCAUGCCCUGUACGCCAUGAAGACGCUGCGGAAGAAGGACGUGCUGAACCGGAACCAGGUGGCCCAUGUCAAGGCCGAGCGGGACAUCCUGGCCGAGGCCGACAACGAGUGGGUGGUUAAGCUCUACUACUCGUUCCAGGACAAGGACAGCCUGUACUUUGUGAUGGACUACAUCCCCGGGGGCGACAUGAUGAGUCUGCUGAUCCGCAUGGAGGUCUUCCCCGAGCACCUGGCCCGCUUCUACAUUGCAGAGCUGACCCUGGCCAUCGAGAGCGUCCACCGCAUGGGCUUCAUCCACCGCGACAUCAAGCCCGACAACAUCCUCAUCGACCUGGAUGGCCACAUCAAGCUCACGGACUUCGGCCUCUGCACGGGGUUCAGGUGGACUCACAACUCCAAGUACUACCAGAAAGGGAACCACGUCCGGCAGGACAGCAUGGAGCCUGGUGACCCCUGGGACAACGUGUCGAACUGUCGCUGCGGAGACCGGCUGAAGACCCUGGAACAGAGGGCGCGGAAGCACCAGCGCUGCCUGGCCCACUCCCUGGUGGGGACGCCCAACUACAUUGCGCCCGAGGUGCUCCUUCGCAAAGGGUACACGCAGCUGUGUGACUGGUGGAGUGUUGGUGUGAUCCUCUUUGAGAUGCUGGUGGGGCAGCCACCCUUCCUGGCGCCCACUCCCACGGAAACCCAGCUGAAGGUCAUCAACUGGGAGAGCACGCUCCACAUCCCCACCCAGGUCAAGCUGAGCCCCGAGGCCCGCGACCUCAUCACCAAGCUGUGCUGCGCCGCUGACCACCGGCUGGGGCGGGACGGGGCGGAUGACCUGAAGGCCCACCCGUUCUUCGGCACCAUCGACUUCUCCGGCGACCUCCGGAAGCAGCCCGCCCCCUACGUGCCCACCAUCAGCCACCCCAUGGACACCUCGAACUUCGACCCCGUGGACGAGGACAGCCUCUGGAAUGGCGGGAGCGAAGGCAGCACCAAGGCCUGGGACACGCUGACUUCCCCGGGCGGCAGGCACCCCGAGCACGCCUUCUACGAGUUCACCUUCCGCCGCUUCUUCGAUGACAACGGCUACCCAUUCCGGUGCCCCAAGCCCAUGGGCGCUGAGGCCUCGCCGGCGGAGAACCCCGACAUAGAAGACUCCGAGCUGGGGGCGCAGGCCGAAGGCUGCCAGCCGGUGUAUGUGUAGAUACCGCCCACCCGCCGCCCGCGUCCCGGGAAGCCGGGGCCUGCUCCGUUCUGGGCUCGUCCCUGGCGACGUCACUUGAAACCCUGGUCUUCGCCAAGGAAACCCAAAACAUGCCAGAAACUUUUCUGGAAAGGACCCAGCACUGCUUCCAAUUGGCUUCCAAGGACCUUCCGCAUUCAAACACUCUUUUUUACAAUGUAGUCCAGUUUAGGGAGAGCACUUAUUUUGUUUAUAUCCAUUUUUUUCUUACUAAAUUAUAGGGAUUAACUCUGACAAAUCGUGCUGCUGCUGUUUUCUACAUUUGUAUUUUUCACCCAGAGCACUUAUUCACGUUGAGGAGAAGACAUGGAGACGGAAGGACGCGUGCUGAGAGAUCUCUGUGCAAUAGUGAAAGAGACAAGAAGAUCGCGCUCUGCUUGGUGUCACGGAGGCCAUGUGAUCCACAUGACGGUUUUGCUUUGUGUUUUUUCCUCCACAUUUCAACAUUGUGAUAUCAUGUUCAAAGCUGCUUUUUUUUUUUUUGGCUUUUUGCAUACUCUAGGAUAGUGGGACAUGUGCGCACAGUGGCGGCGUGGGUGAGAGUUCAGACGAGCAGGUUUCUAUUAUAAAACUCCCGUAUCUUGCCAUUCACAGCAGGUCCUGUGAAUACGUUUUUGCCGAGUGUCUCUACAUGAGUGUUCUAGACAGUGUGUUGACACUGUCCCGCGUGGGUGACUUCGCUGCGACUGUGGCCCUUAUUGUUUUGUUAAAGAAACGCAGAUGUGUAACUGAGAAGUGAUUUUUUUUUUUUUUUAAUGUGUGUCUUGGGUAUGAUUGGAUUCUUAGGGGGGGUAAGUGUAAGCAUGUAUCAUAUACUAAACUUGUAUACAUCAAAAGGGAUUAAUUUAGCUAUGCCAAAAAAUGUCAUUUUAUCCUG